AUGGAGACAAAUAACAACCAAGAUAAACAGCUUGAGGGUUUAGUGAAAGUAAAGAGCCUUCUUAAGCUCUCAUCUGCAUUAGACUCCCGGUUAGAAUUCCGAAACAAAGAUCCUGUCCGUUAUACAUUACUUUUGGGUAAAGGAUUUCCGGAAGUCAAAAAUCUUACCAUUGCAUUCUGGGUAAAAGCUAACGGCAGUAAUAUGAACCAAGAUACCAUUUUAUCCUACAAGCAGGAUCAAACUAUCAACAUAUUGCGCAUAACCAGUGGAAAUAAUUUAGUCUUUAAAAUAUUCAACAAAUUUAUUUCAACAAAUAUUUCGUUAGCAAAUGAAGUGUGGACCCAUGUUGUAUGGACUUGGAGAAUGCACGAUGGUAAUUGGCGUCUUUACGUCAAUGGCACGAAAAGACAAAGCGGACGUGGUGCAUCGGUGAAUAAAGCAAUUCCUUCGGAUGGAGAACUGGUUCUCGGUCAAGCUUCUCGAGAAGGCGCUUAUUUUGACACCACUUAUGCUUUUGUCGGUGAUUUAAGUCACUUUAACAUCUGGGAUUAUGAAAUGAAGCGCCAAGCAAUUCGAAGCAUGUAUCAGUCCUGUGUAUUUAUGCAUUGUGGAAAUGUUGUCCAAUGGGCGGAAUUUCGCAGUGGUACACGAGGAGCGAUGCGUUUGCGCUGGCCUUCAGGGCUUGUCAGUGCUCAAUGUAAUCAAGAAAUUGUAGAAAACAUACGUUGGUCCCGUACUCCUGCCGACAAUAACUUCAAAUCAGCUUUGAGGAGACCUGUUGUAGCGGAAGUGUCAAUUCUUGAGUUAGCAGAUAAACUGAAUAACCAUACCAAGUUCAAUUCAUACACAAACCCAAUCGAUAUAGCAACCAUUAUCGAUCUGCUUGGUAUGUUGGUCGAGACACAGGGUGUGUCAAUUCAUGUCGUCUCCUGGAAUGAUGGCAAAGACAAUUAUGCGCGUACCCAAACUAACUACAACCCCACCAUGGUACAGACGAAGGUGUUUGCACAGCUUGUCACCCGGAUAGUGGAUAACCUGCUGAACAGAAGAAAUGAAGUCGGGUGGAACGCUACUGAGCCGAGCGGAACGGAGGGCGAAGCAUUGAUGUCAGUUAUGCGUAACUUUUCCGAAGUUAUAUCUCGAAGACUGGAAUAUCAUGUUAAAGACAGGAAGCUGUCAAAAGGGGAAGCAAUGAUACGGCAGUCAAAAGCUAACAUUUCUUUCAAGAUUCAAAUAUGGUGGAUUGAAGACCCAAUUUUUACAACCUUUCCUGACCGUGUCGAUCGGGAUCUUCUAGAACUGGACCCCCAAGAAGGAACAGUAGAAUUGCUAAACGAAAAUUUAAAGCUCUCCCAGAGAAUGAGUGGUUCACCCGGUUACAAUCAUGAGUACAAACGGUUUGAAUGGGGUUUCUACGAAGGAUAUGUUGAAUAA